GGGACUUCCUUUCCAUCAUUGAUAGGCGCCGGGCAGCUGAGCUGGUAGGAGGACCAGACGGGGAGGGUCGGCUCCGCCCCCCAGCGUCCCGUGGCCAUGACGACCGCUCAGAGGGACUCCCUGGUGUGGAAGCUCGCGGGGCUGCUGCGGGAGUCCGGGGAUGUGGUCCUGUCUGGCUGUAGCACCCUGAGCCUGCUGACUCCCACACUGCAACAGCUGAACCACGUAUUUGAGCUGCACCUGGGGCCGUGGGGCCCUGGCCAGACAGGCUUUGUGGCUCUGCCCUCCCAUCCUGCCGACUCCCCUGUCAUUCUUCAGCUUCAGUUUCUCUUCGAUGUGCUGCAGAAAACGCUUUCACUCAAGCUGGUCCAUGUUGCUGGUCCUGGCCCCCCAGGGCCCAUCAAGAUUUUCCCCUUCAAAUCCCUUCGGCACCUGGAGCUCCGAGGUGUUCCCCUCCACUGUCUGCAUGGCCUCCGAGGCAUCUACUCCCAGCUGGAGACCCUGAUUUGCAGCAGGAGCCUCCAGGCAUUAGAGGAGCUCCUCUCAGCCUGCGGCGGCGACUUCUGCUCUGCCCUCCCUUGGCUGGCUCUGCUUUCUGCCAACUUCAGCUACAAUGCACUGACCGUCUUAGACAGCUCCCUGCGCCUCUUGUCAGCUCUGCGUUUCUUGAACCUAAGCCACAAUCAAGUCCAGGACUGCCAGGGAUUCCUGAUGGAUUUGUGUGAGCUUCACCAUCUGGACAUCUCCUAUAAUCGCCUGCAUUUGGUGCCAAGAAUGGGACCCUCAGGGGCUGCUCUGGGGGUCCUGAUACUGCGAGGCAACGAGCUUCGGAGCCUGCAUGGCCUGGAGCAGCUGAGGAAUCUGCGGCACCUGGAUUUGGCAUACAACCUGCUGGAAGGACACCGGGAGCUGUCACCACUGUGGCUGCUGGCUGAGCUCCGCAAGCUCUACCUGGAGGGGAACCCUCUUUGGUUCCACCCUGAGCACCGAGCAGCCACUGCCCAGUACUUGUCACCCCGGGCCAGGGAUGCUGCUACUGGCUUCCUUCUCGAUGGCAAGGUCUUGUCGCUGACAGAUUUUCAGACUCACACAUCCUUGGGGCUCAGCCCCACGGGCCCACCUUUGCCCUGGCCAGUGGGGAGUACUCCUGAAACCUCAGGUGGCCCUGACCUGAGUGACAGCCUCUCCUCAGGGGGUGUUGUGGCCCAGCCCCUGCUUCAUAAGGUUAAGAGCCGAGUCCGUGUGAGGCGGGCAAGCAUCUCUGAGCCCAGUGAUACGGACCCGGAGCCCCGAACUCUGAACCCCCCUCCGGCUGGAUGGUUCGUGCAGCAGCACCGGGAACUGGAGCUCAUGAGCAGCUUCCGGGAACGGUUCGGCCGCAACUGGCUGCAGUACAGGAGUCACCUGGAGCCCUCCGGAAACCCUCUGCCGGCCACCCCCACCACUCCUGCCCCCAGUGCACCUCCAGCCAGCUCCCAGGGCCCCGACAGUGCACCCAGACCUUCACCCCUGCAGGAGGAAGCCAGAGGCCCCCGGGAGUCACCACAGAAAAUGUCAGAGGAGGUCAGGGCGGAGCCGAAGGAGGGGGAGGAGGAGAAGGAGGAGGGGGAGAUGGUGGAACAGGGAGAAGAGGAGGCAGGAGAGGAGGAAGAAGAGGAGCAGGACCAGAAGGAAGUGGAAGCGGAACUCUGUCGCCCCAUGUUGGUGUGUCCCCUGGAGGGGCCUGAGGGCGUGCGGGGCAGGGAAUGCUUUCUCAGGGUCACUUCUGCCCACCUGUUUGAGGUGGAACUCCAAGCAGCUCGCACCCUGGAGCGACUGGAGCUCCAGAGUCUGGAGGCAGCUGAGAUAGAGCCGGAGGCCCAAGCCCAGAGGUCGCCCAGGCCCACGGGCUCAGAUCUGCUCCCUGGAGCCCCCAUCCUCAGUCUGCGCUUCUCCUAUAUCUGCCCUGACCGGCAGUUGCGUCGCUAUUUGGUGCUGGAGCCUGAUGCCCACGCAGCUGUCCAGGAGCUGCUUGCCGUGUUGACCCCAGUCACCAGUGUGGCUCGGGAACAGCUUGGGGAGGCCAGGGACCUCCUGCUGGGUAGAUUCCAGUGUCUACGCUGUGGCCAUGAGUUCAAGCCAGAGGAGCCCAGGCUGGGAUUGGACAGUGAGGAAGGCUGGAGGCCUCUGUUCCUAAAGACAGAAUCUCCUGCUGUGUGUCCUAACUGUGGUAGCGACCACGUGGUUCUCCUCGCUGUGUCUCGGGGAACCCCCAACAGGGAGCGGAAACAGGGAGAGCAGUCUCUGGCUCCCUCUCCGUCUGCCAGCCCUGUCUGUGACCCUCCUGGCCAUGGUGACCACCUUGACAGGGUCAAGAACAGCCCACCUCAGGCACCGAGCACCCAUGACCACAGUAGUUGGAGCCUCAGUCCCCCCCCUGAGCGCUGUGGCCUCCGCUCUGUGGACCACCGACUCCGGCUCUUCCUGGAUGUUGAGGUGUUCAGCGAUGCCCAGGAGGAGUUCCAGUGCUGCCUCAAGGUGCCAGUGGCAUUGGCAGGCCACACUGGGGAGUUCAUGUGCCUUGUGGUUGUGUCUGACCGCAGGCUAUACCUUUUGAAGGUGACUGGAGAGAUGCGUGAGCCUCCAGCUAGCUGGCUGCAGCUGACCCUGGCCGUUCCCCUGCAAGAUCUGAGUGGCAUAGAGCUGGGCCUGGCAGGCCAGAGCCUGCGGCUAGAGUGGGCAGCUGGGGCGGGCUGCUGUGUGCUGCUGCCCCGAGAUGCCAGGCGUUGCCAGGCCUUCCUAGAGGAGCUCCUUGAUGUCUUGCAGUCUCUGCCCCCUGCCUGGAGGAACUGUGUCAGUGCCACAGAGGAGGAGGUCACCCCCCAGCACCGGCUCUGGCCAUUGCUGGAAAAAGACUCAUCCUUGGAGGCUCCCCAGUUCUUCUACCUUCGGGCGUUCCUGGUUGAAGGCCCUUCCACCUGCCUCAUAUCCCUGUUGCUGACUCCAUCCACCCUGUUCCUGUUAGAGGAGGAUGCUGCAGGGUCCCUGGCAGAGCCCCCUCCUCCAGCAGCAUCUGGCGAAGCCUCUGAGAAGGUGCCUCCCUCGGGGCCGGGCCCUGCUGUGCGUGUCAGGGAGCAGCAGCCACUCAGCAGCCUGAGCUCCGUGCUGCUCUACCGCUCAGCCCCUGAGGACUUGCGGCUGCUCUUCUACGAUGAGAUGAGGAAGCUGAGGCUUGGGGAUGUUAACCAGUUUGCCCAGGCCAAAGUGGUGGAGCCAGGAAUCGAAUCCACAGUUCCCUGAAAUUGAGUCCGCAUCUUCUGUACAACAGGGAAGAUGAAAAAGACAGGUCCUCUGGAGGCUUUCAGUAAACGUUGACUGGAUUCUGUUUACAAAGCUCAGAGUCAGGAUCUUUUUUGGGGAGUGACAUGGGCCUGGGGAAGGGGAGAGGCACUGAGCUAAGGUGGAGACAGUGAAGCCUUCCCGGAGACCUCCCCUGUACCCACCCUGGUGUGGUCCCCAUGAGCCUCGCCUUGCUAACUGCUCGGUCUGCCAGGUGUCCCGGCUGGAGAGCUUUUGGGCACUCCGUGUGGUGUGUCAGGAGCAGCUGACAGCUCUGCUUGCCUGGAUCCGGGAACCGUGGGAGGAGCUGUUUUCCAUCGGACUCCGGACUGUGAUCCAAGAGGCGCUGGCCCUUGACCGAUGAGGGUCCCACGCUGACCUUGGCCCUGACCUCAGGAGCCACGCUGUAGACAUUCCCUCUCCUGGUCUCUGGGUCUGGCUUCCAGGCUCUGGCUGUGGACGUCUUCAGCCUCUGGGUGCUGGCCAGUGAGGCCCCAAAUGACCCAGGGCUUAAGGGAGAGGCGAGAGAAUGAUCUGGCCUCAGGGGACAGGCCACCUGGUCAGGAGGAAUAUUUUUCCUGCACUUUUUCUCAGGUAUCAAUAAAGUUGUUUCCAACUCA